AUGGGAAUCACACGGAGAGAGCCUUUUGUACCAAUUUCUAGACCUCAACCUUGUAGCAAUACAGGAAAUGAAAUAGGUCCUGACAUAACAACAGUAAAUCCGUAUCGCACUAUCAUCUUGGAUGCAAUUGGUCCUAGUUUCAACUUAAAAGUGUUAUUUAAUCUGGAUGGUGAAGAAGAACAACCACCUAAUCGAAAUGCUCUAGAGUUUUUUGAUAUGCUAAAAGCUUCAGAAGAGCCAUUGUUUGAUGGAUGUACUAAUCAUUCUACGUUGUCAGCGGUUUGCAGGCUACUGAACAUUAAGUCUGAGUUUAACAUGGGUGACAAUUGCUAUAACCAAAUUAUGCUUUUUCUGAAGGAGCUCUUACCUGAAGAUGCUAAAUUACCCAACGAUUACUAUAGGACUAAACAAAUGGUUGCAAAACUUGGGUUAGGAUAUGAAAAGAUAGAUGUAUGCAACGCAGGUUGUAUCCUGUAUUACAAGGAUAAUAAAGAUAAAUUAGAAUGUCCAAAGUGUGGUCAACCACGCUAUAAGCCUAAGAGAGGAGGCAAUGGAAGGCAAAAAGAUGUUGCAUAUAAAGUACUACGUUACUUUCCUAUAACUCCAAGAUUACAGAGGUUAAAUAUGUCAACAAAGGCUGUUGAACAUAUGAUAUGGCACUGGAAAUCUCGUCGAGAACCUGGGGUAAUGAGUCAUCCAAGUGAUGGCGAGGCAAGGAAAAAGUUUGAUCAAUGCCAUCCUGGCUUUGCAGCUGAGCCUCGAAAUAUUAGGCUUGGACUUCCAGCUGAUGGGUUUAGUCCAUAUGGGCAGAUGGCUCAUCCUUAUUCUUGUUGGCCUGUAAUCAUCACACCAUACAAUCUUUCACCCGGAAUGUGUAUGAGUAGCCCGUACAUGUUCUUAAGUCUUCUCAUUCCAGGUCCAAAAAGCCCUGGAAAGAAUAUAGACUUAUACUUACAACCUCUUAUUGAUGAAUUGAAGCAAUUAUGGGUUGAUGGAAUUGAGACUUAUGACUCUUAUAAGAAACAAAACUUUCAAAUACGAGCUGCACUUAUGUGGACUAUCAAUGAUAUUUCAGCUUAUGGAAUGUUGUCUGGCUGGAGUACCCAUGGCCAUUUGGCAUGUGCUUGUUGUAUGGGAAAAAGUAAGGCGUUUCACUUAAAAAAUGGAAGAAAGGCUUCAUUCUUUGAUUGUCUUUGUCAAUUUUUGCCAAUAGGUCAUACAUUUCGCAGGGAUAAAAAAUCAUUUUUAAAAGGAAGAGUUGAGCACUCUGCUCCUUCUCCUUGGUUGUCUAGUGAAGAAGUUUGGAACAAAGUGCGUGACUUACUAAAGGUUUUAGAUGAUCGCGCCUCUGAUAAGUUGCCAGGAUUUGGGGAUCAACAUAAUUGGACAAAACAAAGCAUUUUCUGGGAAUUUCCAUAUUGGCGCGCAAAUAUUAUUCGGCAUAAUCUCGAUGUGAUGUAUAUCGAGAAAAACAUGUUUGAUAAUAUAUUCAACACAGUAAUGGAUGUAAAGGAUAAAAUGAAGGAUAAUUUAAAAGCUAGAAUGGAUGUGCAGACUUAUUGCGAUCAUCCAGAGCUUGAAUUGAAGGAACAUCAAGGGAAAACUUUGAAGCCAAAGGCAGCAUAUUCAUUGACAAAAGAACAAAGAAAGUUGAUAUGUGAAUGGGUGAAAAGCUUAAGGUUUCCAGAUGGUUAUGCUUCCAAUUUGUCUAGAUGUGUAGACAUGGAAGAUUAUAAAUUAUCAAGAAUGAAGAGCCAUGAGUGUCAUGUAUUUCUAGAAAGGUUGCUACCAAUUGCAUUCCGAGAUUUUUUGCCAGAGCCAAUUUGGAAUGCUUUAACAGAGAUCACCUUAUUUUUUAAAGGUUUAUGUGCAACUGUUUUAAAAGUAGAAGAUCUACAAAAGCUUGAAGAAAACAUAAAGAUUCCAAUUUGCAAGAUAGAGAAAAUAUUUCCUCCUAGUUUUUUUUGA